CCCCAGGAUUAGCCAGUUCCUGGCAAACAACUGAAAUCCCCAAAUUUGCCAAGUGAAUGAAUGAAAGACCUAACAAUGAAGUCACUUUUCCUGGGUGUUUCACAACACAGCAGAGCUCCAAUUCAGACACAGACACAGGUUUCUACUGUAGGGCUCGGCUCUCCUCGGAACGCCUCAGUCGCUGGACAUGCAGGGUACACUGUCGAGUGGUUGCAUCCGGAAGAGGGGGAGGAAGGCCCCAGUGCUGUAGCUAAUCCAUGCUUGGGUUGGAAAACAAGGUUGAAGUUACUUAUUAGCAGGUAAAAGGGUCAAGGGUCGACGCAAGGGGGCUGAAAGCAGAGUGGACCGAGCCGCCAGGCCAGCAGAGACCAGUUAAGGCAGACGUCCCUCAGCUGCACGCACCAGCUCUCUCCUGCCUGAGAUGUUCCGCCAAGUCUGGGCAGCUGUGCUCUACCUCUAUGGCCUGCUCUUUAACUCCAUGACCCAGUGCCCCGAGCACAGCCAGCCAACAGCGCUGGAAGUGGGCGAGGAGUCCCCGGAGCCCCACCUGGGCCUGUGGUACUUCAUCGCAGGAGCAGCCCCCACCAAGGAAGAGUUGGCUACUUUUGACUCGGUGGACAACAUUGUCUUCAACAUGGCGACCGGCUCUGCCCCAAGGCAGCUCCAGCUUCGCGCCGCCAUCCGCACGAAAAAUGGGGUCUGUGUGCCCCGGGAAUGGAUAUACCACUUGACUGAGGGGAAAGGAAACACAGAUCUCAGAACGGAAGGCCGGCCUGACAUGAGGACAGACCUCUUCUCCAGCUCAUGCCCAGGGGGAAUCAUGCUCAAAGAGAUGGGCCAGGGUUACCAACGCUUUCUCCUCUACAAUCGAUCACCACACCCUCCAGAGAAAUGUGUGGAGGAAUUCCAGUCUCUGGCCUCCUGCUUGGACUUCAGAGCCUUCUUAGUGACUCCCAGGAAUCAAGAGGCCUGCCAGCUGUCAGCAAGUGACCGGUAACUUCCUAACUUCAUCUGUGUCCCAGACCGCCAAGGUGGGAGCUGAGCUGCGAGGGGAGACGUUGGAGACUCUCCACUCCCUGUCAAGGUUAAUAAAGAUGGUUUUUCAGUCCUCA